UUCAUCAAUCCAUUUAUUAUUACCAACAUCUCAAAAAUAUCUUUUCUCUCUUGCAUCCAAAUACCCAAAAGUCAAGAGUAGAUUAAACUAAUGGCCGGAAUCGGACCUUUGACUCAAGAUUGGGAGCCCGUCGUUAUUCGUAAAAAAGCCCCUACCGCCGCCGCCAAGAAGGAUGAGAAAGUCGUUAACGCCGCCCGCCGUGCCGGUGCCGAGAUCGAGUCCAUCAAAAAAUCAAAUGCUGGGACGAAUAGGGCGGCAUCAAGUAGUACUUCUUUGAACACAAGGAAGCUCGAUGAAGACACUGAGAAUCUUGCUCAUGACCGAGUGCCAACUGAGCUAAAGAAAGCCAUCAUGCAAGCUCGAAUGGAUAAGAAACUUACCCAGGCUCAACUUGCUCAGAUGAUCAAUGAGAAGCCCCAGAUUAUACAGGAGUAUGAAUCCGGAAAAGCCAUCCCUAAUCAACAAAUAAUUGGUAAACUGGAGAGGGCUCUUGGUGCAAAGCUGCGAGGGAAGAAGUGAGUGAGCAAGAGUCUCGUAGAAAGAACAAACAGAACUUGAAUAUCGCGCAGAAUCUUGAGUCCUAAAACUUGGUGAUGUAAAUGACUGUUUUAUGCCGUUAUUAUGGGUCGCUUGUAAGAACACUGUUUUUGACUUUGUGUGAUGACUUUGUCUGCCACUGCUUAUGAAAUGAAGUUUGUGUGUGUUCUUGACUGUAA